UAAAACUGUAGCUACUAUAGUAAACACCCUAAUAAAUACAUUUUCAGCUCAAAAGGAUAUACAACUUUUGUGUUUUUGUACAUUGAUAAUAUAUAAAACUGCUUCAGUUGUACAUAAACAAGCAGAUAUUGAUUGGUGCUGCAUGCUAUUUUGACCAGCAAAAAUAAAAAUAAAAUAUUCUUUCAUAUAUUUAUAAUAUAGCAGUAAUGUGGUGCAAAAAUACUACACAGAACAAAUUUUCAUAUUACUAAACACAACAUGUUAGACAAAUUAAAUAAACUGAAUCAAAAUCUGGUGCUCCUGAGCUGCUGCGGAAUUUUACAAAACUUUGUGCGCCUCCUCAGAAUGUCCUGUUGUGUCAAGGUUUGUUAAGCUUUAACAUUGUGUUCAGCAGAUGUAGGUCAGCUUGUAAAAAUGGGCAUUGCCUGACCAAUUAAUUAACUUAUAUCUUCGCAAUGCUUCGACAAAUCACAAUACUUUUGAUCCCUUUUUGCCAGCACUGUCCCUAUAGCUGCUGUGCCUGUUUUGGUGAAGAUCAAACCAGCGGCCUAGGAAAUCUUCGAAAAUAGGCUAUUAAGAAAAUUCAAAAUUGUGGAAAGAAAAUUGUAGGACAUGACUCAAGGAUUCAGGGGGGGGAACAUAUGUAUGCCCACAUACUUUCAAUGCAGGACAAUAAGGAAAAAGAAUAAGAAGUCUGUACAAACACAGGUUCCAGCACCAUUAUUCCUCCGUACGUAAUCUGGUAAUGGUGUAAGUUUGGUUUUUGUCACAGGUGGCAUGGACAGCAGUAUUAUUGGAGGAAAAGAGGCUAAACCUCAUUCUAGGCCAUACAUGGCAUCUAUUCAGUGCAAAAAUCAUCACACAUGUGGAGGGAUGCUGAUCAGAGAGGAUUAUGUACUGACAGCGGCCCACUGUUUGAAUCGUAGUGUCUUCUCUAGUCGAGACCACUUUGAGGUUGUUCUGGGAGCUCACGACAUCAAAAAGAAGGAGAAGACCCAGCAGAGAAUCCCAGUGAUUAAAUACAUUCGACAUCCUAUGUUUGAACUGAACAAUAAGAUGGACUACAGCUAUGAUAUAAUGUUACUAAAGCUGAAGAACAAAGCCAAGCUGAAUAAAUUUGUGAAAGUUAUGGCUCUUCCAAAGAAAAAUGGAAAAACACCAGCUAAUGUUAAAUGCUCCAUUGCUGGUUGGGGGUUGAAAACCCCAAAUGGAGAACAGGCAUCAGAUGUGAUGCAAGAAGUCAAGCUUAAACUGCAGUUCAGCUUCGAAUGUAAAAACAAGUGGAAGCAGUACUUCAGCUCUGAGAGAAUGAUCUGUAGUGUUUCAGAUGGGAAACAUGCUUUUUGUUCGAUGACUGGUAACAAAUCCUAA